CACACAUCACGUCAGCCUCUCAAGCUCUCACUCACACCAACCGACCAGCGACGCCCUGACUCUGAAACUCUCUGAUUGUCUUCAUUCACAGUCGCUGGCGUUCCGCCGUAGUUCGUGUGUCGCAGCCCUCCUUGGUCUCGUCGUCGCCGGCUCAGUCAAGAAGAAACAGAAGCAACCAGCAAUUGCCACCCCUGGUUCGGACGUCGUCGUCUUCUCGCUUCGUCGUCUCCUUCUCGCCGGUUUCGUCUCCGAGCAGCUGCGGUGUGGCUGUGCUGAAGCUCAGAACUCCGAAGCUGCUCCUUUCCUGUCUCAACUUUUACUUCUGCUUCUGUAGUAGGUUAUGAAGGUGAAUAACUCGCAUGGUGAUUUUGAUGGAAAGGAUGGUUCUCAUAUUGUUCUCCAAAGCUGUUCAGGGGGGAAUUAUUCAGGCUUAGAUGAAGACUAAUGGGAGAAGGAGAACCUAGUUGUAUUGCACAAAUCAAUGAGGAAAAAAAAGCUAUGGACCUAGACCAUAUAUGACCCUGCUGCUGCUCCUGCCACGAAGUGAUGAGAUUUCAUCUAGACCUGGUUUUCACCCGGUAUAGUUAUGGCCCAAAAGUGAUGGGGUUUCAUCGGACCUAGUGUUUGGGUUAGGGUCUUAAAAAUAGAUCUGAUGAAUCUUUAGGGCCGGAUUGCUGGAUUUGGAUUAGAACAAACCUGGUUAUACUCGGCUCAUGUACACCCCUAUCAAGUAAUAUGUGUUCUUCCUGUUUGGGAUCCUAUCGGAGUAAGAAUGAAGCAAAUUUACAACGCACAAUCUCAAAAGCUUCUUUGAUUCCAGUAAAACAAAACUUCAUCUCUCUAUAAAACCAUUUUAAUCCAUUCAUUGCAACAAUUUCAAUAAAUUUUUUUUGUGGUUUAAUUCAAUGUCUUCUCAGAAGACUCUUUUGAGACUUUUCAACAAAGAUUUGUCUUUUCCUUCAGACCAACAAAAGCUUCAAAUUGAACUUGUCAAUAAGAUAACCCAAAACCUCCUAAUUUCGAAUACCACCAAUUAUUUUAGACCCGAUAGAGAACUGCAGUCCAUGAUCUCAUGCAUCACUCCCCAUGUUACAUACCAAGUUCUUUCAAACCCCAAUCUCCCUCCUCAUUCUUUGUUGUCAUUUUUCAACUUCCUUAGAAGUAGAAACUUUAAUAUUACUCAUAUACUUGAUAUUAAGGCCCAUGUGAUUCUCCUUUCCAGACUUUUUGAGGCUCGAAAAUUUGCCACCAUGAAGAGCAUUCUGAGCUCUGUUGUUAUUGAUGGUAAGCUUUGUUGCCCCAUUCCAGGGGUUGUUUCUUUGGUUGGUGAACUUGAUCCACAUUUUGCAGAGAAGCUGUUUGAUAUGCUGUUCAGAGUGUGUUCUGAUAACAGGUUGUUUGAAGAGGCAUUUAGAGUCUUUGAUUAUGCCAAGACGAUGGGGUUGGGGAUAGAGGAGAGGUCUUGUUUUGUACUCUUGCUUGCUUUGAAGAAAUGUGGUGAGCUGGAUUUGUGUCGUAGGUUCUUUCAUCGAAUGCUCGAGUCGGGUAGGAUUCAAAUUAGGGUUCAGUCUCUGACACUUGUGGUUGAUGUUCUGUGUAGGGGAGGAGAGGUUGAGAAAGCUAAGGAGUUGAUGGCUGAGAUGGCUAGUAAAGAUAUUGUGAAACCCACUGUGUUCACUUACAAUACAUUGUUGAAUGCUUAUGUUAGAAGAAAGGAUCAAAGGGGUGUAGAUGAGAUAUUGAGAUUAAUGGAGAAGGAACAAGUUGUUCAUAGUUUAGCUACACAUAGUAUUCUGAUUCAGUGGUAUGCGAGUUUAGGAAAUAUAGGGGAAGUUGAAAAGAUAUUCGAGGAAAUGCAUGAACGAAAUUUGGAAAUGGACAGUCAUGUGUAUACAACGAUGAUAAAUUGGUAUUCUAGGUUAGGAAACAUUAAAAGGGCAUCCGCUUUGUUUGAUGAGAUGACUCAGAAAGGCAUCCUUCCUAAUGCACAUACUUAUGGGGCCUUACUUUGUGGUGUAUGCAAGGUAGGCCAAAUGGAGGCUGCAGAAAUAUUGCUUGAAGAGAUGCAAAGUAAAGGCAUUGACCCAAAUAUAGUAAUAUUUAAUACAAUGAUUGAUGGUUAUUGUAGAAGAGGUUUGAUAGAUGAGGCUUUGAGAGUGCAAGAUAUCAUGGCAAGGAAGGAAAUCGAAGCAGAUGUGUUUACAUACAACAUUAUUGCUUGUGGGCUAUGUAAAGUGCAUCGAUGUGAGGAAGCCAAGAGGACUUUGAAUACAAUGCUAGAGAAAGGAGUGGUUCCGAAUGUUGUGAGUUUCACUACUUUUAUUGAGAUACAUUGUAAGGAAGGAAAUCUUGCAGAAGCUGAGUGGUUAUUUAGGGAUAUGGAGAAAAGGGGAGAGGUACCUAAUGUUGUUACGUACAAUACCCUUAUAGAUGCAUACAGCAAGAACGAAAAGAUGAAGCAAGCUCACAUGCUAAAAACUGAAAUGGUAGAAAAGGGAUUACUGCCAGAUGUAUACACUUACACAUCACUAAUACAUGGGGAGUGUAUUGCUGGAAGGGUAAAUGAGGCAUUGAAUCUUUUCAAUGAAAUGUCAUCAAAGGGUAUAAUCGGGAAUAUUGCAACAUAUACAUCAGUUAUUUCAGGAUUAUCCAAGGAAGGAAGAGCAGAUGAAGCUUUUAAGUUGUAUGAUGAAAUGAUGGGAAUGGGCCUAACACCAGAUGAUAGAGCUUAUGCUGCUCUUGUUGGUAGCCUCCAUAAACCCUCCUCUCAUGGUAAUCAACAUCAUGAAAUUGGGGAACAUAAGUAGAACCUGUAGAUUCAAUGAACCAGUGGAAUAUUGGUUUGACAAUUUUGACAGGAUGGCAGUUCAUGGAUGGUGAUUUUGGCUUUGAAUCCGAAACAAGAAGAUCAAUGUGCCUGGGGUUCAGAAGUCCAGCUGUUGUGUUACUGAAAUUAGGUUUUGGAUAAUGGGAUAAUGUAAGCCAAUCUUGGGUAAUAUAUGAAUCUUUUGUUUCUUUUGUGUUACUGAAAUUAGGUUUUGGAUAAUGGGAUCAAUGUAUUUACUUCUAAGCUUUCUUUUGUUUGGUAAAAAAUUACUUUUUGACUCUCUGCCAAUCUCUUGCCUCAUUGUUUGAUAUAUUUCUGAAAAUGUUAUGGUAGUUUCAUGAUGAAAUUUGUCUAUUUAUGAAAAUUCCACAUUGUAUUGAGUUGAUCCACAGUUAUUAAAGGAGCUUAUUACUUACUAGUGCUGUUGAAGAUAGUGAACUAUAUUGAUUGCCAACUGUGUAUGUUCAUUAUACUAUCUAUUUAUUUCCAUAACUAAAACAAGGGCCUAUAAAAAUGUGGAAUUUCUAAGUUCCGAUGAAGCAGAUUCUAAAUGUUUUGUAACGAAGAAGGGAUAAGAAAUCGUGGACAUCACUCCAAUGAAGUGCACGGGGAUGGAACAGUAUCAAGAAACUGAUAAUUAA